ACCAAGCAUCAGUUAGUUUCAUAACUAAUAGCAACCUAGAUAUCAAAAUGUUCAAAUUCGUGGUUUUGUCUGUUGUGCUCGCCGUGGUGGCAGCUGAUCCCAGUGCUGUUUGGGGCGCUGGCUUGGCCGCUCCCUUGGUUGCUGGCUGGGGCACACCCUUGGCCGCAGGAAUUGCCACUCCCUGGGCUGCACCCAUCGCCGCUCCUCUUGCCGCUCCAGGCGCUGCAGUCGCUCUCGGCGGUCCCGCACACUGGAUUAAGAAGAGGUCGAUCGUAGCUGCUCCCUUGGCUGCCGCUCCCUUGGCCGCUACCCCCCUGACUUGGGGUCGCUCAUGGGUUGGCCCCGCUGCUCCCCUUGCCGUCGCUGCUCCCGUCGCUCCUUGGGGCUUGGGAGUCGGUGCUCGUGUCGGACACCUUUGGUGAAGUUCAACAGAAUAUAGUGUAGAAUCGUCAAAAUAAAUGAAAGAGCACCCUA